AUGCUGCUCCCUCUGCUGCUCCCCUGGGCAUGGGGGGCCCUGGCCGCCUCCCCUCCUCUCCCCCCAGGGAUCAUCACCCUCCGGGUGCUCCUCACCUCCCAGUUCCACAGCGCCAGCUCCACAGACACGGUGGGGACGGCCCUGCUGGGCGACCUGGAGACCCACUCCCUGGCCUGCGGCACCUGCGAGAUCCGCUUCCUGCAGCCCUGGGCCCAGCAGGGCCUGACCCCGAAGCAGUGGGGGGACCUGGAGCUGCUGAUCCAUCACUACCUAUUCAACUUCAACCGGACUGUGAACACAAUGGCCAAGCAGCAGAGACCGGGCUACCCCUUUGUUAUCCAGGGCUCCCUUGGCUGCGAGCUGAGCCCCAACGGCACCUCAAGGGGAUUCUAUGACACUGCGGGGAAUGGCGAGGACAUCGUGAGCUUCGACGUGGACAUGGGCACCUGGGUCGCUCGGUCGGAGGAUAAGCUGGCAUUCAACGCCCGGGACCUUCUCAACUGGGAUAAGAGCGCGUCCACCAGGCUUCAGUUUUUUUUUAGAAUAACUUGCAUCUAUCUGCUCAAUAACUUUGCCCAGUAUGGGAGAGAGUCUCUGGAGAGGCAAGAGCGGCCGGUCGCCGUGGUGUUUGCCCGAGCGCCUCCCCCAGCCGGGACCCCCGCGCCGGUACUGCUGGUUUGCCGGGUCACCGGUUUCUACCCCCGGCCCAUCCGCGUGGCCUGGCUGCAGGACGGGGAGGAGGUGGCACCGGGCUGGUGGCUGAACUCCAGCGGGAUCCUGCCCAACGCGGACCUGACCUACCAGCUGCACAGCUCCCUGGCCGUGGAGCCAGGCGCCGGGCACAGCUACGCCUGCCGGGUGCAGCACAGCAGCCUGGGGGGCCAGAGCCUGCUGAUCCCCUGGGAGCAGAGCAGGCCCUGGGGCCCCGGCCUGGCCGUGGGCAUCACCCUGGGGGUUCUGGCCAUAGCCGCCGUGGCCGUGGUGCUGUGGUGGACCAGACGCAGGAGCUACCAGGACGUUAGUCCAGGGGAGUCCAGGGCCUCAGGGGGCAGCACCAGCCCAGGCGUGGGGAUCGGCCCCUCUCCUGGGGACAUGGAACUCAGGGCUGGGUCUGUGCCUGGCUCCAGAGCUGAGAGCCCCAAGGGCAGGACUGGAUCGGGGCCCUGGGAGAUUGGGGCCCUGGAUGGGGGGUGGGGGGAUUCUCCUCCCUCUGGGAUGUUCGGGGCACGUUGGACACUUGGGGGCACUGUGGGAUUGCUGGGAUCCAGGAUCCGCAGGGAGCCGGCAAGGGCCUGUGCCCUUCAAUAA